CUAGUACCGCCAGCACCCUUCUGUCAUCGACGGCGAGCGACUUUCUUUCUGAUCCGCCAUCCCGUUUAAGUUGUUGUCGCGUCGACUAGCUCGAAAUAAAAACACCCAAAAAUGGAGAACGACGCCGGAGAAUUCGUUGAUCUGUACUGCCCAAGGAAGUGCUCCUCGAGCAACCGCAUCAUCCACGCCAAGGAUCAUGCCUCCAUCCAGAUCAACAUCGUCGACGUGAACCCCCAGACUGGCCGCAUGCUGGAAACCUCCAAGGUGUACGCCAUCUGCGGUGAAAUUCGCCGUAUGGGUGAAUCCGACGAUUGCAUCGUCCGACUGGCCAAGAAGGAUGGUCUGCUUACCAAGAACUACUAAAAUUCUGGUAUGUGAUAAGAGGGGUGUAUCAUAAUAAAAUAAUACUUUCUUUAAAGUAA